AUGACAGCAGGGUCCCAGGGGGAACGCCCAGUCAUCCUGCUCCUGCUGCUGUGCACGCUUGGCCCCUCUAUGUCCCAGGCCGGGAAGCUGCUGGUGGUCCCCGUAGAUGGCAGCCACUGGCUGAGUUUGGUCGGACCCCUCCAGCCCCUGCAGCAGAGGGGACAUGACAUAGUGGUCCUGGCACCUGACGCUUCUGUGUACAUUAAAGAGGAAGCAUUUUACACCUUGAAGAGGUACCCUGUACCAUUCCAAAGGGAGGACUUGGAAGAGACUUUUAUCAGCCUCGGGCGUACUGUUUUUGAGGAUGAUCCUUUCUUGAAGCGCGUGAUCAAAACAUACCAGAAAAUCAAAAAGGACUCGGCUCUGCUCUUAUCCGCCUGCUCCCACUUACUGCACAACAAGGAGCUGAUGGCCUCCCUGACGGCAAGUAGCUUCGAUGCUGUUUUGACAGACCCUUUCCUUCCCUGCGGCCCCAUCGUGGCCCAGUACCUGUCUGUGCCUGCUGUGUUCUUCUUGAAUGGACUGCCAUGUGGCCUGGACUUUCAGGGUACCCAGAGCCCCAGUCCACCAUCCUACGUGCCCAGGUAUCUGUCCUUUAACUCAGAUCACAUGACCUUCCUGCAGCGGGUGAAGAACAUGUUCAUCACCUUGUCAGAGAGUUUCCUGUGUGAUGUGGUUUAUUCCCCAUACAGGCUACUUGCCUCCGAAUUCCUUCAGAAAGACAUGACUGUUCAGGAUCUCAUGAGCUCUGGGUCUGUUUGGCUUCUCAGAAAUGACUUUGUGUUUAAUUUCCCGAGGCCCAUCAUGCCCAACAUAGUGUUUGUUGGUGGGAUCAACUGCGCUAGCAAAAAGCCACUCUCUCAGGAAUUUGAAGCCUAUGUAAAUGCUUCUGGAGAACAUGGAAUUGUGAUUUUCUCUUUGGGCUCAAUGGUCUCAGAGAUUCCGGAGCAGAAAGCUAUGGAAAUUGCUGAUGCUUUGGGCAAAAUACCUCAGACAGUCCUGUGGCGGUACACUGGGACUCCACCACCGAAUCUUGCGAAGAAUACAAAACUUGUCAAGUGGCUGCCCCAAAAUGAUCUGCUUGGUCACCCAAAGACUCGGGCCUUUAUCACACAUUCUGGCUCCCAUGGCGUUUAUGAAGGAAUAUGCAAUGGCGUUCCCAUGGUGAUGAUGCCCUUGUUUGGUGAUCAGAUGGACAAUGCAAAGCGCAUGGAGACCCGGGGAGCUGGAAUAACCUUGAAUGUCCUGGAAAUGAGUUCGGAAGAUUUAGAAAAUGCCCUGAAAGCUGUCAUCAAUGAGAAAAGCUAUAAGGAAAACAUCAUGCGCCUCUCCAGACUUCACAAGGACCGCCCCAUAGAGCCUCUGGACCUGGCUGUAUUCUGGGUGGAGUUUGUGAUGAGGCACAAGGGGGCAUCCCACCUGCGCCCUGCAGCCCAUGACCUCACCUGGUACCAGUACCACUCUCUGGAUGUAAUUGGCUUCCUCCUGGCAGUCACGCUGACAGUCAUCUUCAUCACCUUUAAGGCCUGUGCCUUCACCUUCCGGAAAUGCUUUGGGAAGAAAGAGCGAGUGAAGAAAUCUCAUAAAUCCAAGACACACUGA